AUGGCAGAUAAAAAGAAAAAAGUUAUAAUUACUAAGGAUUCUCCAAAUAUUGCAACGCCUAAGCGACCUGUUAUCCUAAAAUCAGAACGCGAAGUUAAAGAAAAAGAUAAAACUGAAAAGGAAAAACAGCCGACUAUAAUUUUAAAAACUCGGGAACAAAGUACACCAAAAGAAGACAGACCUAUAAGCCCAAAAACUCAGGCUGCAGAUGAUAGCCAUCAACCAUGUAAGAUAGCACAGAAUGAGUCUAAAGAGAAAAGAGAAGCAAAACCAUGCAUACCAUUAAAGCUGAUGUCAGAACCUGUAAAAUUGCUGGAUGAAAGCUUAGAAUUCAACCCUGCAGCUCUGGAAUAUCUAAAUGACAAUAACACAAAUUAUUUAGUUGUUGGGGUCAUAGGCAUGCAAGGUGUGGGUAAAUCACUUGUAUUAAACCUUAUUCAGAACAUUUCUAAGGACAAUAUAUGUAACAAAAUUAUUAAUUCUCACAAAAUGACAGAUGAUACAAAUAUCGAAAGUCAAGUUGAAAACUUAAACCUAAAAGAAAAGGAAAGAAAACACGACCCGUUUAAAUUUAAAAUGCAGAAUAUAGAUCAAAUAGAGAAAGGUGUUCAUUGUACUAAAGGUGUAGAUAUGUUUGUAACUAGUGAUCGAGUAAUUUUACUUCGACUGCCAACCGCUUAUGGUCCCCUUGCUUGA